GACCUAUUCGCUUUCUCUACGCUCGCAACGUCCUACACGCUGGACUUGCUUUUGGGCUGUCCCUGCUUUCACUGUCUGCGGUUGAUGUCUCCUACUUUGAGUUACAUUCUAUCACUUCUCUGAGAUCGCUGUCUUUUCAGCGAUAUGGUUCGCAUUUAGAACAAUAUCUAAAACACACCAACACCUCUGCAACAAUGAUAGAAACGAAAUCAAGGAUUUCUCAAUCCUGCAUUCCAGUGAAAGUCUCUCGGCCAGCCCAGAGUGCUUUGCCUAGCACACUUUCCGUACCAAAUUUGGGCCUUGUACCAUCCUCGCGACACCUAUCUGUCAGCGACAGUCCUACCCACCCAAGCCCUGGCUCUAGCUCGUCUGUGUCGAGCACAGGCGGCGGGAUAACGCCUCUCCGCUCCUUUCGAAGUCUGUUACCCUUUGGAUCUGGUAGCAAGCACCCUGUCGCGAAUUUGAGCCCCGGAGGUUCCAAGAGCUCUUUCGUGAGCUUCAAUUCAAUUCGACGGUCGAUUAAUGGCGACAGAAGUGGGGAACGCAGCGUGUCUGCGCCUCAGCUGCGUACCUCAAGAUCUCAGGAGCACCAACCAGUGUUCCACAUUGGCUCGACUCCCGCCAUUCAGUUGUCUUACAAGGUCAAUGAGCCUUUGAUCAGCCAGGAAGACUUUCAUGGCUUGGAUCUCUAUGUCUCUCCUCAGAAGACUUCUUCACCGAAGUCGGCGCCUGCACAGACCAGGACAUUUGAGGCUCAGGCGGCUCCCUCACCCGUACAACUUACUCUAGGAAUAUCUGACCUUUCCACUAUCAUGGAGUCAGAAACUUCGGGAAUAUCGAAACACAUACCUCAUCUAGACGACUCACAGGAUCAGCAUGAGGACGAACGCAUACAGAACACAUCCUUUCUCCUUGCACCGCCCGAUAACGGUGGUUACCCUCAGCCAGAAUCUCAGGACACAUCUGCUCUUGACCUCUCAAUGUCAGACGUGCGCAAUCAGGUGCUCGAGGCAUUGACUGAGGCGGAGCGUCCAGAAGGAUGGUUACAUGGAGUCGUAGUUGACGACGCCGAGAGUCCCACUGGGAAUGUUCCCGGGGCUGGAGACAUGAGCUUUGACCUGGGAGCCAUUGACGCGGACCUGGCAGCGAUCCUAAGUCCUAACAGCCUUCGUACAUCGGCCUCUAAAAGGCAAACAGGCGUUGACAGUUUAGCGCCGCCUUAUGUCACUUCACCGUUGGGCCAAAGUCCUCGAUCUUCUCGGUCACCAUCUCCUGCUACCACAGUACCAGCAUCUCUUCCUGACACUUCUCCUCGGCGUCGUUCAACUUCUCUCUCUCGACCGGCAGCAUCAAAACUUCCCGCUAUUACGACGGACUCCCGUCUUACUCGCUCAGUCUCAGAGCGGCCUACCCAUGUCCGUCCCCCUCUUCCCUCCCCAACGGCCCGAGUAUCUCCUUCUCGUUCCUCAGACAUCGGUGAACGACCAUCGUUAGCUGCUCGACGACUUGGUUCAUCCCCUUUGUCGUCAGAGCGAGAGCUUUCGCAUCGUCCAUCCACCGGCACAGAAGUAGAGAUUCGUCGACCGCCAGCUUCCCGGUUAAAGACUCCUGCGAGAUUGGCAUCGCCGGGGAGCACAUCUCGACCUUUGUUUCGGCAAGCUUCGUCGCCUACGUCAACAACGCACUGGGAUGCGGACUCCGUCUCUCCUUCCUCCCACUCUCCGUCCUCGAUGUCUGCCCCACCUGGACGUACAUAUGGACGUCCCAGCCUGGACAACGGUGCCCAGAGACUUAGUGCAUUACCCUUGAGAAGCAGAGACCGGAGUGCCAGUUUAUCUGAAAGUCCCUUAUCUGCGCCAUAUCACACACCAAACUCUCAACAUUCCACUGUUGAGCGUAUGGGUCCUAGGACUGCGAAGGCCUUCGCAGCUGCGGGACUAAUAGACGCGGACAGGGACGCAUCCGGAUUGCCUGCGAACAGGUCUAUUUCGAGGUUUGGCUUAUCCAGGAGUGACCGAGAUUAUAGGUCUCAGUACGCACCUUCUCGUUUGGCGUUUUCCGAGUCAGGCUCAUCUUGGGGAAGGCGCAGUGGUAGUAUUUCGCGGACGGGAGCGAUGUCUGAGGUGACCUCCGCACACCUAUCUGAAACUCUUUCCACUCCGCGGACGACGUUUUCUGCUGCUUCAACUGCGCCUACUAGCAUAUCUGCUAAUUCUUCUCCUCAUUACGCACUCGGUGACAUGCAGAAGAUUCAUGACCAGCAUUCGUUGCAGACCUCAACGCUCAUGAACGCCUUGGCAGAUUCUCAGCUGACAACACGCUUGCUCAGGGAAGAGAAUAUCCAGCUUCGUGAUCGUAUCCAUGACCUGGAGAAUAGACUAUCCGAUGCAAUGAGUGAGCUCCAGAGGCUCCAAUUUGUAUCGCUACAACCGCAGGCACAGGCGAGCUCCUUAUCUCGGAGUAAUUUCCGCCGAGUUGCUGGUUCUGCUGGUUCUCGUGCGACUGAGUUCGGUUUCAAGCGUUCUCUCCCACAACAUUCUCAGCCAUCGACCUUGCGUUCAGACAAUGGGAACGUACUAGAACCCUCGCCUGAAAUCAUCGGGCCGUCUGGGUCCGCUCGUACGUCCUCAGAGUCCCGUCGGGACGGCGAAUCUUAUCCCAAGUCCAGCCAUCGAAGACGAUUCAGUAACUCGUCAUCAAUAUUCCCUGGUCCCCCUAGUACUAUGUCGAUGUUGUUGCAUGAGGACGGUGCGGUGUCGGACGUGCCUUCGAGGUCACCAUCUUCCCCUACGCUUGUCCUGUCGAAGCUGCCCACAAGGCAAUCUCAAGGCUCGUCGCAGCAUAGUCACCAUCGGGCUGCUUCCUCGGGAAACAUAUCUCCUACGACGGCGAACUUCUCUAUGCUGACUGGGUCUCCUGGGAGCUUGAACCUCCGUCCGGAACAUGAGCGGCUCUUGGGAGAUAUGCCUAUGCUGGAUCUUUGUGCCGGGGACUAUGAACGUAGCGACUUCGAAGUCCCGAUACGGUGAUCCAUACCUUGUUAAUAGAAUCCCCCUCUUUCUCACUGCUUUCCUUUUGCUAAUCGUAAUUUUGGUUUUUUCUUUUUUUUUUUCCCACUCAUCAUCAUUGCUUCGACACUUUCGACACUUGUUGCACCAUUCACAACACAUUGGCUUCAUGUUGUAUACCCCUUACACAUUCGACCUUUCACACGUGUUUAUAAUUGUUUCAUUCUUCGGGACUUCCAGCAACAAACUUUCGCUAUCGUCGGGAUGCUUUCGUCCAACUUUUGUAUAAUCUCUCUCUUGUACUUACAUCUCAUGAUCUAUUUGGUAUCUAUAGGCGUCAAACACUAGCGUAGAACAUGAUGCUGUCAUUAUCUCUCCCUCGGAAAUCUGUCAGAACGUCUCUUUAAACCCAAACCCC